GAGGUUUACCGAAUCCCCAAGAAGAGUCAAGUGGAGAAGGAGAGCAGUGAUCACGGAAGAGAGGCGGUGGGCCGAGACACCCCUGCCACCCCCAAAAACCAGAGCAGAGAACGGGACCCCGAGAGGCAGAACAAAGAGAAGAAGAAACGGAGGGAGUCCUUGUCCCCCCCUUCGGCCUAUGAGCGAGGCACCAAGCGACCGGAGGACCGCUAUGACACCCUGGCCACGAGUUCGAAGAAGAAGGUUCGGCUGAAGGACCGCAGCAAACUCUCGACCGAAGAACGGCGGAAGCUCUUUGAGCAGGAGGUUGCUCAGCGUGAGGCACAGAAGCAGCAGCAGCAGCUGCAGAACCUGGGCAUGGCGUCUCCCCUGCCGUACGACUCCCUGGGCUACGGGGCCUCCCACCCCCCGUUCAUGGGGUACCCCCCGGGCUACCCCAUGCAGGCCUACGUGGACCCCAGCAACCCUAACGCUGGCAAGGUGCUCCUUCCCACCCCCAGCAUGGAGUCGAUGUGCUCGCCAGCCUCCUACGAGCCCUCCCAGGCUCUGGUGGGCCACACCAUGGAGCCCAGCCUGGCCACUUCGCAGCCUGUGCCGGUGGUCCAGCACGUGGGAGCCCCCCUAGAGGUGUCCACACCCCAGUAUGUGGCCCCCAGUGACCCCAUGGUCCACCAGGAGCCCGGCGUGGCCGUCUUGCCUGUGGCGGCGCCUGGUCCGGUCCAGGGACAAAGCUACGGCGUCUGGGACUCCAGCCAGACCACUGUGGCAGUGCAACCCCCCUACUCCUCGGCCCAGUCUCAGCCCACCAUCUAUUACCAAGGACAGGCCUGCCCCACCGUCUACGGAGUCACCUCACCUUAUUCUCAAACCACACCGCCGAUCGUGCAGAGUUACGCCCAGCCAAGUCUUCAGUACAUCCAAGGACAACAGAUUUACACCACCCAUCCUCCGAGUGUCGUGGUUCAACCCACAACCGCGGUCGCCACUAUUGUCACAACUGGACAGCCCCCACCGAUCCAACAGCCAGAGUUGGUGGUGGCCAACAACCUCUUAGACCUUCCUCCUCCAUCUCCUCCCAAGCCCAAAACCAUCGUCCUGCCCCCCAACUGGAAGACAGCCCGCGAUCCGGAGGGCAAGAUUUACUACUACCACGUGGUCACCAGGCAAACCCAAUGGGACCCGCCCAACUGGGACAGCCCGGAAGAUGACGCCAGCCUGGAGCACGAAGCCGAAAUGGAUCUUGGAACACCGACGUAUGACGAAAACCCCAUGAAAUCUUCCAAAAAGCCCAAAACUGCUGAAGCAGAUACUUCCAGCGAACUGGCUAAGAAGAGCAAAGAAGUAUUCCGUAAAGAGAUGUCGCAGUUUAUUGUGCAAUGCCUGAACCCCUAUCGCAAACCUGAUUGCAAAGUGGGGCGCAUCACCACAACGGAAGAUUUCAAGCACCUGGCACGAAAGCUCACUCACGGUGUGAUGAACAAGGAGCUGAAAUACUGCAAGACCCCUGAGGACCUGGAAUGCAACGAGAACGUCAAACACAAAACGAAGGAAUACAUCAAGAAAUACAUGCAGAAAUUCGGCUCCGUGUACAAACCCAAAGAAGACACCGACAUGGAGUAGGAGGGUAUAUGCGUAUAUAUAUAUAUAGAUAUAUAUAUAUAUAUAGAUAUAUAUGUGAGGUUUUUUUGGGACUUGACCCUCUGCCUUCUCCUGGGCAGAGUUUCCACCGUUGUGGGUGUGAAUACACAAAACACAGAUUUCUUUGGCCCUGGAAACGCCUCCUUUCCCCAGCCGGAUUCGGAGGCGGAACGUGGCAGAAACGGGGGGUGCGCAAAUGUGUUUACACAACCACCUCUUGGUCACAAGCACCUCACUUUGCAAGCAGAACCCCAAAACUGACCACCGGGCGGUGCUUCCCAUGUGUGCAACACAACGUGUGAGUCCUUCCCCCUCUCCCCACCCACCCACCGAGAUCUGUAUAAUAUUCUUAUGUGAAUAUAUUGAAUUAUUUCCCCCCCCCCCUCUUUUUGGUUGGCCCGGCCUCCUUUUUGCAGCCCAACACCUGUUGAUAUCAUGGGAACACUUUGUAAGAAUAGUUUUGGAAAAAAACAAAAAAAGGAAAAAAAAAAGAGAGGAGGGGUUGUUUAUUUUAUUUUUCUUCCAUUUUUGGGUUCCUCCCCCCCCCCCCCAGUUUUUUUUUCUUUGUUUUUUUGUUUUUUUCCCCAUUGUUCUCUGCAAAGGUUUCAUCUGUUAUCAUGUAAAUAUUUGCAAAGAGGCCAAGCUCUAUGUUUGGGGCAGGCCUUGCUGUCUGUUGAUAAGAUUGAUUUUACUGCUUUGAAAUCAUUUUACUUUCUCCAAUUUUUACGGAAGUUUUUAUGUAAAACGAAAAAAAAAAUUAAAAAAUUAAAGAAAAUGGUAAUGAA